GCUCGUCCCUUUCGCGCACACACAUAAUAUUAGAUGAGAACAUACUUUUUAUCAUAAUAGUAGGUGACAAAGCAAAACACCACAUACAUCUGAACCGAGUGCGUGCAGGAGGCCUCCGCCGCGGUCGCCGUCCCUGCGCCCCCGUUUCGUGUUGCAGGAGCCUGGCCGCGAGCGAGCCGCGUUUCGGGGUCUCCGGGGCGACGGGGCCUGUGCUGUGCGGCGGCCUCGCCUCCGGCGGCGGGUCGUGCCGAACGGACACAGGCGUGUCUCCGCCGGAAGGGAGACGGAACAGCCAUAAACAGCUCAGUUUCCAAACUUAAAAGGUUUGGUGUUGAGACCUGUUCAGACGCGAGAAGCGCAGGCUGGGAGCCGGGCGCACAGUGUUUCUCGGUGGCGGCGGCGGCGCCAGACAGCCCGAGCCGCACGUUUGUACCGUCGCCCCGGGCCCCUCGCCGUGUGUCCCCUCGUGCCCGCACCUGUAGGAUGAGUCAGUGGUGCCUUUCCCGGACGGUUCUGUCCCUGCACCAUGCAGGGCGGUACGAGAAGAGUAGGCACCAUGACUGAUGUCCACAGGAGAUUCCUGCAGCUGCUGAUGACUCAUGGUGUGCUGGAGGAGGGGGAUGUCAAGCGCUUGCAGAAGCACUGCUACAAGGUCCAUGACUGCAAUGCUCCGGUGGAGAAGCUGGAAGACUUCAUCAACAACAUUAACAGUGUCUUGGAAUCCUUGUACAUUGAGAUAAAGAAAGGAGUCACCGAAGAUGACGGGAGACCCAUUUAUGCGCUGGUGAAUCUAGCAACGACUCCCAUUUCCAAAAUGGCUUCAGACUUUGCAGAGAACGAGCUGGACCUAUUUAGAAAGGCUUUGGAACUGAUCAUCGACUCAGAAACUGGCUUUGCCUCUUCCACCAAUAUUUUGAACCUGGUUGACCAACUGAAAGGCAAGAAGAUGAGGAAGAAGGAAGCUGAGCACGUGCUGCAGAAGUUUGUCCAAAACAAGUGGCUGAUUGAGAAGGAGGGGGACUUCACCCUGCAUAGCCGGGCCAUCCUGGAGAUGGAGCAGUACAUCCGGGAGACACACCCUGAGGCCAUGAAGAUCUGCAACAUAUGCCACAGCCUCCUCAUCCAGGGUCAAAGCUGUGACACCUGUGGCAUCAGGAUGCACUUGCCUUGCGUGGCCAAGUACUUCCAGGCGAGUUCGGAGCCGCGCUGUCCCAACUGUAAUGACUACUGGCCCCACGAGAUACCAGAAGUCUUUGACCCUGAGAAGCACCGGGAGGCUGCCAUCUCUAGGCCGAGCAAAAAGCCAUCGCGGUCCAGGCAGCACUAGCUGGCGCUACCACAGUCCGUGUGGAAGAUAGGCAUCCGCGUCCAUGUCUCAGGAAGCACCGCCUUACUAGUAGGUCAAAAUAAAACUCACUGAGGACUCUCUGCAGCCCGUCUGUGCCCUG